AUGUAUGAACCACGUGAUGUCUACUGUAUGCACGAAACGGGACUUUUCUACGAGUUAUCACCGGAAAAACCUCCUGGACGAGGACGAACUGCUAGGAGAGAAAAUUAUGGAGAAAGAUUGACGAUUGUUUUUGCCGUAAAUGCGGAUGCAAGUGAUAGGAUGGAACCAAUGUUUAUUGGACCAGGAAAAUUACCACACGUCAUGGAAGAAUUAGAUACAGAAUCACGGUAUUUUUACUAUCAGAAUAAUAAACGCGCGUGGAUGACACCUGUCUUAUUUCAGGACUAUAUCUCCGCCGUUGACACGAGAAUGCGUGACGAAGGACGCUAUAUUCUGCUGCUCGUAUCACAUGCACCAUCUCAUGUCUCUCUUGGACUCGAGCUAACUAACGUACGUCUGGAAUUCUUGCCCUUGUCGAUGAUGGAACCUCUGUCCAUGGCAAUGCAUGUAGCCAUGCCCGUUAAUGCUGAAGACAACACUAGUGUAUCUGACGCCUCGCAUUCCAUUGCGUCGGCAGAAGUGAACGAGGCACCAAAGCUCAUUUCGUCUUCUACCGAGUCGGAUAUGACACAGAUAGAAGCUGCUACGAAGCUGCAGCAGGAGACAGAGGCGUCAACUGCGUCCGUCGCAGACCUUAACAACUCAACCGCAAUGGCGACAAUGGUGUCGACAAUGGCAACUAUGAUGUCCGUACAACCGCUAGACGCAGGGAUCAUUGCGGCGUUUAAACGUCGAUAUCGGCGUUACCACAUGCUAUACGCACUGGAUCGCUUUGAGGCAGGGCGACAGGAUGUGUUUCAUGUAGAGCAGCUGCAAGCUAUGCGGUGGGUGCGUCAUUGCUGGAAGCAAGAAUUGCCAGAAGAGAUUAUCCGCAAGUGUUGGGCUACGACAGAAAUACUUGUGCCCAAGCCGAACUCUGAAACGUUGGCAGCAUUUGAGGCGGUCGAAGAGGAUAUCGACAAGGAAAUUUGUGACACAGUGUCAGCACUUGAUAUUUUGCGACCGCUGCCUAUUGACGAGUUCGUGAGCCCUCGUGAUGAGAGCUCUGGGAUUCACUGCGCUGGGCUAGAAGACACGGACUUUAUGUUUACUGUCCCAGACAACUCUGGCUUUGAUAGCAAGUACAAUGUAAAGAGAAUAUCGCCUAGUGUCACGGAUGCGGCCAGGCAGCAUGGAGUUGCGCCGCCUGACUUGACUCCGCGUCUGCAGGAGUUACACGCUCGUAUUGAAGCGUCAGCAUCAUCAGCUGCAGUAGCGGCAUCGGCGUUGGGUCUAGCACCGAACAUGAAUACUGUUGUUUCGGGAGAGGGUACAACCUCCAUGCCAAUGUCAUCCGCAAGCGUGGAAGACGUGCUUGGUUUGUCAAUGCCUUCCUCAUACGGGGGAAAGCCUAGCGACGACGGGCCUGCGACGAAUGAGCAGCUCAUUGAGUGCUUUAAGGUGCUGCUGCCGGAAUUGGACCGACUCCGGUUUGACGAUCACACGAAGAAGAGCAUACGCACUACUUUUCGUAAACUGAAAGAGACAGCCGAACAGCAAGCUCUGGACCGCAAACGUGGCACAAUGAAGAAGACCCAGCCGCAUCAACAGUUCCAACCUCAAAUGCAGCCUUCAUCUCAGGAGCAGCAAGCACAGGUAUUACAGAUUCAGCAGCAAUUCCAGCAGCAACAGAUGCAGCAGCAGCUUAUGAUGCAACCCGACCAGGAGAUGGUCAUGGUUGGCCAGACGACGUCACAGAUUGGUGACAACACAGUCCUGUAG